CCGGAAAAUCGAUUCAGCCCCUUCCGUACUACAUGGUGGCUGCCCUGUAUCUGAGGUCUGAGGAAGGAGAAGAGCUAUCUUCAGAGAACUGACCAAACCAAAUGGAAAUCUCAAACUUGUACUAUAAAGGGCUUCUAAGGUAUUUCUCAAACCCAAAUCUUUUCUCUCUCUACACUUCCUCUCCUUUUUCCAAAACCCUUAAACCCUCUUCAAAUCCAUUCCGGACAAGCCGUCAUACAAAAACAAUCUGCAACUUUGAUCUCGAUCUACUCAACAAUGAGCCUUCUUCGUGCAGUUAUUCAUCUGAGAUGCUUUCAAAAUGCAAUCUUGAUUUACACUCGUUUCUCAAUAAGCCCACUGUUUUAAGUUCUUCAUCUCGACCGCCUUCAAAUUGCAAUGUUGAUUCAUACCCAUUUCUCAAAAACCCUUCUUUGUUCAGCUCUUCGUAUUCUCUUUUGUCAGUUUCUAAUUUUUAUUUUGAUUCAUACCCCCUUCACAAUAGACAAUCUAUCAGUUCACCCACUACUACCUGUUGGUUUUAUAAUUCAAGUUGUAUAGGUCUAUCUAGAUGCUUUUCUGUUCAGCGUCAUGACGGAACUAUGAUUCAUAACAAGAGUAGAGAGAGUGAGAAUUUGAAGAUAGCUAAAAGUGGAGAAUCCAGAAGAAACAGCAAAAAUAUUAGUUAUCCUGCAUUUGAUGAGGUUACAAAAAUUAUUGAAUUCAUUAGGAGUGAUGGAGAAGAUUUAAGGUCUAAAUUGAGUUCUGUGGCUCCUGCACUUGAUUCUAGGCCAAUUAUUAGGGAUACUUUUAAGGUAUUAAAUCAGCUUAGAAUAUCUGGAUUGAUGUUUUUCAGAAUCCUUCUGGAGAUGAAUCCUAAGUUGAGUAAAAGUGGUGAUGUUUGUAGUAUGAUUAUUAACAAUUGUGGAUGGUUGGGUGAUUAUGAAGUAAUGCUUUCUUUGUUGGAGGAGUUUAAAUUGGAAAACAUAUGCCUCACCCAAAUGGCAUUUGAGUUUUUACCUGUAUUUAACCCAAGUAAGAAUUCUGUGAUGGAAUCUACAAGAAGAGUGGUUGAUGUGUUAAAUAAGGUUGGGGGAUCAUGUCGUAACUCUGGAAUUACUGCAUUGAUUGAGAAGUUUUGUUCUUUGAACUCAUUUCAAAUGGCUAAAUUUGUAAUACAAAUCACAGAAAUGUCAGUGAGUCGAUACAAUAUUUUGAUUCGGGCUAGGUGUAAACGAGGUCAAAUUGAAGAAGCACGGGCUAUAAUUCAAGAGAUGGUGGAACUUGGUUUUCUCCCUGAUGCAACGUCUUACAACUAUCUGCUUGCAUAUUUGUGUAAGAACAACAGGAUGGAUGAAGCAUGUAAUGUGCUCAAUGAAAUGAAAGAAAAGGGGUUUCAUCCAAAUGCAAUAACGUUUGAAGCUCUAAUAUUUCACUCAUCCAUUCGAGGCCAGUUGGAUGUUGCUGCCCGAUAUCUGGACUGGAUGGUAAUGGGGAAUAUUGAACCUCGGCGUGCUACUCAUUCAGCAUUUCUGAAGGCUUUGUUCCAGACAAAUCAACGUGAGAAAGCAUACAAAUAUGUAAACUAUUUGAGUGCCAAGUUUAAUACCUCAAGCAAUAUGCUUUACAACUUGCUUGCAGAACUUCAUCUAAAAAAUGGAGAUCCUAUGACUGCCAAGAACAUCAUUAAUGAAAUGAUGGAGAAGGAUUUAAUGCCAAAUUCCUCUAUUUAUUUUCAAUGUGAAGCAACUAGCAAAGAGUGACAGGGAAGAAGAUUUUUAUUUUUAUUUUGCUGUGGGUAUAUGUGAAUGUUGCUCACUCGUAUAAAUGUAAGAAAAGCUGCGA